AUGCGAGGGAAAAAGGCUGGGAUAUUUUUGAAUGGGAGAAAAAUGAAAAUAAGCAAUGUUAGUGAAGGAUUAACUAAGAUUGAAGAUGCAAUAAGCUCUAGGAAAGUUCUCCUUGUUCUUGAUGAUGUGGAUCAUAUGGACCAAUUAGAUGCAGCUCAUCAAGUUACUAAGGUGCAUGAAGUUGAAACGUUGCAUUACAAAGAAUCAUUGAAGCUCUUUAGUUGGCACGCUUUUGGCCAAGACCAUCCCAUCGAAGGUUACAAAGAAUAUUCAGAAAAGCUAGUCCACCAUAGCGGAGGACUUCCAUUAGCUCUUAAAGUUAUAGGUUCUUCUUUGUUGGGGGAAAGUAUAGAUGUAUGGAAAAGUGCACUGGAGAAGUUAGAAGCCAUUCCAGAUGGUGAAAUAGUAAAUAAACAAAGAGUAAGCUAUGACUCUUUGCAAGAUGACCAUGACCGAAAUUUAUUCCUCCAUAUUGCUUGUUUCUUUAUCGGAAAGGACAAAGACUACAUUGUUAACAUACUAGAUGGAUGUGAUUUAUAUACAAUUUUUGGCAUUCAAAAUCUCAUGGAUAGAUGUUUGGUGAGUAUUGAUGAAUUUGACAAUGUGCAUAUGCAUGACAUGAUCCGUGGAAUGGGAAGAGAAAUCAUUCGCCAAGAAUCAGAGAAGCCUUGGAAGCGUAGUAGAGUAUGGCAACAUAAGGAUUCCUCAAUAUCUUGA